AUGUCAGACUCCGAUCUCAUAUUAUACGAAGUAAAAGAUAACGUUGCCAUCAUCACCCUCAACAACCCCAAAAAGCUCAAUUCGUUAACCAUUCCGCAAUACGAUGAAAUAUGCAAGUUGUUGGACCAGGCAAACCAGGAGCCAGACACUGUCAUCACCUUGAUCCAGUCCACGGGGCGGGCAUUUUCCGCCGGUGCCAAUGCAGAAUAUGUCGGCAAACAGGACAGCGAGUUGAAUACGUGGCUCGAAUUGUCGGUUGCAAGACAAACGUAUUUGGUGCAAACGAUCAUGAGCCACAAGAAGGUCUUGGCUGUGGCCGUGAAUGGAUUUGCCAUCGGCUUGUCAGCGGCCAUCGUUGCCUUGUGUGACUUGGUAUAUGUGCAUGACAUCUCAAAGACCUUUUUGCUAACUCCUUUUGCAAACAUUGGGAUCGUCGCCGAAGGUGGUACUUCGUUUACCUUGUUUGAGAGGUUGGGCUGGUCAAAGGCAUCCGAGGCUUUGCUUUUAUCUAAAAGAAUAUCGGGCGCAGAUAUGCUUAGGUCUGGUUUGGUCAAUAGGGAGUUCCAGGGCCAGUUCAAGUCUACAGAAGAGUUCAACCAACAUGUUCUGAGCUAUCUUCUGGAGGCCACCAAGGAUUUGCAUCCAGACUCGAUUCUUCAAAACAAGGAGUUGCUAAAGGCAAUGUAUAAACCAGCAAUAUCCGCUGUGAACUCACAAGAGGUUUACAGGGGCCUUCAACAUUGGACUUCGGGAAUUCCCAUGUCGAGGUUCAAAAAGCUUAGCUCAGGUGAACUCAAACACAAAAUGUAA